CGGAAGCAUGGGCAGCAGCGCCGCUAUGGGAGGCGGCGGCGGUGGUGGUGGUGGUGGUGGUGGAGGCGCAGCUGGUCUGGGCGGUGUGCUGCCUGCCACCCUGGGCGGUGUGAGCGGCGUUAAGCCGGAGGAGGUCAUUGACCGACUCACGGAGCGGAUCACGGAUCGGUUAAGAAGCGAACUCAAGGUCGAGUUGCAGCGCGAGAGUGAGAGCCUGGCCGCCAAGCAGGGCGCGCUGGACUCCUUCCUGGUGCACGAGCUGGAGAGCCAGAACACCUGCCCCGUCUGCUACGAGCUCAUGGUGCCCCCGCAACACGCGCCGGUCAUGCUGUUCCCAUGCGGCCACACCUUCUGCGGGCGCUGCUUGGAGCAGCACAUCGACCGCAACAAGAAGACGCAGUGCCCCAUUUGCCGCAAGAAGAUUGAGUCCAGGGCCCCCAACUACAGCUUGCAGCAGCUCAUACAGCAGGUGGUGGCGAAGAAGGAAUCCGCAGGGAGAGCAGGCGGCCCGCUCUCGCCUGGGUCGGGACCCGGGCAACUGACCCGUGGGUCACUCGAGGCGGCCGGCGCUGAGGCGCUGCUGGCAGUAGACGCAGCGGAGCCGGGAAGCAGCGCGGAUAGAGUGCGGCGGCAGUACGAGCGAGCCGCGACGCGCAUGCGGGUGCUGCGAAACGAGUUGUCCGACACGGCCGCGGAGGAGGAGGCGCUGGGCGGGCGGGUGGCGGCCGCUGCGGCGGUGGUGGGGCACCUGCAGGAGGAGGAGCAGCAAGUCCUGCGCAGGCUGGCUGCCGUACAAGCGGAGCUGGAGCUGGUUCGCGAGCAGCUGGGGCAGCAGGGCGGCAAGGUGACGGAGCUGUCACGGCAGGCGGAGGCGGUACGGCAGAGGAGGGAGCUGCUACAGGCCACCUUGGGUCCGCUGGAGCUGGAGGUUGAGAAGCUGGAGGUGCUGAUGGCGGGGGUGAUGGAGAUGCAGCAGGAGCGGUAGCAGCAGCAGCAGCACGAGCGGCAGGAGGCGUGGCAGUACGGCAUCGGCAGCAACAGCACCAGCACCAGCACCAGCAGCAGACGUGGUAGUUCGGUUGCGGUAGCAGGAUGAGCAGAUUUAGUAGCAGUGGAAGCGGCAGUAGCAGCAGUGAGGGUGGCUGGUGCGGCCAUAGAGGGCAACAGCAGUGACCCAGUGAGCUGCGGUAUUCAUAUUGGCGAAUAUACCGUAUAAGGUCCCUGACGACGAGUGGCGGGGAGUUGUUGGCUGCGUUGAAGCGAAGGCGCCCUGUGCCCGGUGCCUGGGCUUGGGGUCCUGACAGGGGUGUAGGGGGGCUGCUGAUGCGCACGGAGCGCCGCUGGGGCUCCUGUGGGGCCAUGAUGCAGGCUGACUGCAGACGCG